GACAGGUAAGCUAGCGCAUGCGCAGUCGCCGUGCCUCGAGACUGCAGGCCGCGUGGAGUAGCGGAAGAAGCCAAUUGCCCGUUGCUUUCAGGGCAAAAGUGGGAACAGAGACUGCUUCUGAAGCCAUGAGUACAAAUAACCAGUGGGAUGUGAACAAAGCACUAACUCUUGCUAGUCUUUUCCAUUUUCUUUAUGGUGCAGGAAAUGCUUGUGCAAUCCCAUUUUUAACUCUGUAUUUUCGACAGCUUGGGCUGACUGCUCCACUAGUGGGGAUUAUAAUAGGACUCAAACACUUAAUCACUUCUCUUUGGGCCCCACUAUGUUCCUAUGUAGCAAAAACCCACAAUAAAAGGAAAGUCUUUAUCAGUGGAUCAUUACUUUGCUCAGCUGGAGCAGGUUUGCUACUUACACCUAUCCCACCAGUGAGCAAAGAUGUUAUCUAUAAAUAUUGCAAUAUGAGCCAGCGUCCAGCUAAACAGUUCACUACAACCCAAGUGCCUGAUAUGAAUGUGAACCAUCUGAGUGCAAUGAGUGGUAACCUUUUUCCUGAUAACAAAAUGUGGUCUACAGAAUCACUUGGAAUGAUCUCAAAGGACCAGGAGUCUACUAGGAAACCAACAGUAAUGCAUACCUCAUUCAAAAUAAAAAGUAUAAAAAUCCCUUCUAUAAUGAACAAAGGUGCCAAUGAUAUUGAUAUAAGUCCACAGAAACCCAUAGAUGUUUCUUCUGGUGUGGCAUCUGGUAUUUCUGGGGAAGACAUUGUUGCAGCAGAGCAAAAUCUGGAAAAAACUACUAUGAAUGGGUCUUUGAAAGUACCAGCUGGCAUCAUGAUUAUCAAAGAAAAUACUGGCAAAAAUGGCUCAAGAAGAAAUAGUAACUUCACAUUUUACACAGCCCCAUUACCUGUUUCAGAGAUAUCUUCUGUACUGAAAAAUCUAUCAGAACGCAGGGAAAGAGCGCAAGAUGUAAGCUCUCAAUUACUUCAUGGUACUGACUUCUUGGACAGUGAGCAUCAGGUCUUCCUUAUGGUGUUAGGUGCUGUCGUCUUUUGGGAGCUGCUGGCUGCACCGCUUGAGUGGAUGGUUGAUGACAGUCUCUAUGAAUACCUUGACUUUGUUGAUGCUGCUGACAGAUAUGAGAACCUUUGGAUUUGGAGUUACUUAGGUGCAUCUCUGGGUGUCUGCAGCACAGCAGUAUUUGUGGAUCAACUGAAUUGCUUUCUGAAUACUAAUAUUCCACGUUUUGCAGUGCAUUUUUAUGGCUAUGCCUUGUUCAUGACACUGACAUUACUUGUCAGUGCCUUCUUUCCUAUUUAUGUGUCAAAAAAAAAUGAACAUCUCAAUAAAACAGUCAAAGCUUUGAACCUCAUUGGGAGUGAUGGUCGAACCAUCUUGUCUGCUGUCACCGUCUUCCUCACAGGAGCUAUUGGGUCAACUGUGCAGAAUUUUCUUUUCUGGCAAAUGCAAGAUCAAGGCAGUCAUGAAUUAUACAUGGGCCUCUCAGUGACUAUUGGACUAAUUGCUGAAAUCCUGCUCUACAUCUUCAAAAGCAAACUAUUGAAGGCUAUCUCGGGUGGUGGUAUAGUUGCCUUGGGAUUAAGUUGUCUGGCAGCACAGCUGCUCUACUAUUCUUUCCUCUGGAAUACCUGGGCUGUGCUGCCAAUCCAGAUCCUCUGUGCCUUCAGCAAUGGCGCUCUGUGGUGGGCAGUGAACAUGCUGGCAGACGACAUUGCCACUCCUGGCACAGAAAGGUCUCUGCACUUGGUCCUUCAAGGCCUCUCUUGUGGUUGUGGAGCCAGUCUAGGCAGCUUUGCAGGAGGGUUUGUUGUGAACAGCUUUGGUUUAGCAAUGCUCUACAGAGCAUGUUCCAUUACCUUAAUACUAUGGCUAGUUUUAUUCUUGAUUGUCCAAUCCAAAUUACCACGACAGAAAAGGAUUAAUUAUUCCCGUCUCCUAGCUGCAGAUUCUAGUGAUAUGAGUGAUUCUGAUUAUGAUGAUGAUAAAGAAAGGGACUGGCUUGUAAAAGCUAUGAAAGAUGACAACUUUACUAGAAAUUGGUAAUAAUACUGGAUUUCAUCAGUCACUUCAUCAGAAAGUAGACUUCAGAGAAUUAGGGUGAAGUUUUUUAAAAUAAUCCACAUGGGAUCUGUAAGAAUGCAUUCUACUGGCAGUUGGGUUUUAUGAUGUACAUAUUUGCUCAGGAAAUUAUAAAGAUUUUAUAAAGAUUU